AUGCAGCACCCGCUGGAGCUUGGGGCCGGACACUACUUCCCGGCCGAAGCCUUCCCCGACCACCGUUCCCACCGCUACCGAAGCUUCAUGAUAGAGGAGAUCCUCACCGACCCCCCGGACACCAAGGGGGCAGCGCCGGCCGGGGAGUUACUCAAGUUCGGAGUGCAGGCGCUGCUCUCCGCCCGGCCCUACCACAACCACCUCGCGGUGCUGAAGGCGGAGCCGGCCGCCGUGUUCAAGUUCCCGCUGGCUCCUUUGGGCUGCUCGGGGCUGGGUUCGGCCCUGCUGGCCGCCGGCUCGGGGCUGCAGGGCGGCUCCGCCUCGCCCCAUCUCCCGCUGGAGCUGCACCUCCGCGGCAAGCUGGAGGCGGGCCCCUCGGAGCCGGGCAGCAAGGCCAAGAAGGGCCGCCGGAGCCGCACCGUCUUCACCGAGCUGCAGCUCAUGGGGCUAGAGAAGCGUUUCGAGAAGCAGAAAUACCUCUCCACUCCCGACAGAAUAGACCUAGCCGAAUCGCUGGGGCUCAGCCAGCUCCAGGUGAAAACCUGGUACCAGAACAGGCGCAUGAAAUGGAAGAAAAUAGUGUUGCAGGGGGGAGGCCUGGAGUCCCCCACCAAGCCCAAGGGCCGCCCAAAGAAGAACUAUCCCAGCAGCGAGCAGCUCUCGGAGCAGGAGCGAGCCCGGGACGCCGAGAAGCCGCCCGAGAGCCUGGGCUCGCCGGCCGAGGUCAGUCAGGAGGAGUGAGGGCGACCGCCCGCCCCCGACGCCGCCGGCCCCGGCCCCUCAUCCCAGGAGCUGACAGCCGCCGGCCCCGCA